AGUGACCAACUUCACUAAUGUUUAUGUGUCAAACAUUCAAUUCAGAUAAACUCUAUUUAUUGACAAUUUUUCGAUCUGUAAGAAGCUAUAAUAUUCCACCUCAAUUGGACCGCAUCUAUAUAUUCGCGAAUGAUUGUAAAAUAAAUAACUGAACACUAAAAUGGCCACCAUCAUGAUGGACUAUGAUUUCAAAAUGAAAACACAAGCGGAACGUACGAAAGUGGAGGAUUUGUUCGAAUACGAAGGGUGUAAAGUAGGAAGAGGCACAUACGGCCACGUUUAUAAAGCGCAUCGGAAAGAAGGAAACGACACUAAGGACUAUGCACUCAAACAAAUCGAAGGCACGGGCUUAUCCAUGUCAGCUUGUAGAGAAAUAGCGUUGCUGCGUGAAUUAAAGCAUCCAAAUGUCAUUAACUUGAUCCGCGUCUUCCUUUCGCACACCGAUCGGAAAGUUUGGCUUUUAUUCGACUAUGCUGAACAUGAUCUGUGGCACAUCAUCAAAUUCCAUCGAGCUGCUAAACAGAAUAAGAAGCCUGUGAUGGUGCCGAAAGGAAUGGUGAAAAGUCUGUUGUAUCAAAUAUUGGAUGGUAUUCACUACUUACACACUAACUGGGUCCUGCACAGAGAUUUGAAACCCGCCAACAUCUUGGUAAUGGGCGAGGGAAAUGAAAGGGGUCGAGUGAAAAUUGCAGACAUGGGAUUCGCCCGCUUAUUUAACGCUCCCCUUAAACCGUUAGCUGACUUGGAUCCGGUCGUGGUGACAUUUUGGUAUCGCGCGCCGGAACUUCUGCUCGGAGCUAGACAUUACACGAAAGCCAUCGAUAUUUGGGCCAUUGGAUGCAUUUUCGCUGAAUUAUUGACAUCCGAACCGAUUUUCCACUGUCGUCAAGAGGAUAUAAAAACCUCGAAUCCGUACCAUCACGACCAACUGGAUCGAAUUUUCAAUGUUAUGGGAUUUCCGCAAGAUAAGGAUUGGGAGGAUAUCCGCAAAAUGCCGGAGCAUAACACACUCAGCAAAGACUUCAAGCGAAACAACUAUCAAACCUGUUCGCUUGUGAAGUACAUGGAGCGGCACAAGAUCAAGCCGGAAAGCAAAGCGUUCCAUUUGUUGCAAAAACUUCUGCUGAUGGAUCCGAAUAAACGAAUCACAUCCGAACAUGCCAUGCAAGAUUCGUACUUCUCGGAGGAACCGUUGCCGACGCAGGAUGUAUUUUCGGGAUGCGCCAUUCCAUAUCCGAAACGGGAAUUUCUUACGGAGGAUGAUCAAGAAGAAAAGUCGGACAAACAGAGACAGAAUCAACAGCAACAACAGCAAAAUCAACAACAACAACAACAGCAGCAGCAGCAGCAGCAGCAGCAGCAGCAGCAGCAACAACAACAGCAAAACCAACAGCAGCAACAACAAAACUUAUUACACGAAAUACUCUACGGUGACUAUGGAACGUCUCAUCUUUUGCAAAGCUUCGGUCAACAAUUUUGGAACAAUCUCGAAAUGCAGCAACAGCAAGCCCAACAAGGUCAUCAAUCGAUCGGACAGGAUCAUUCGUCGCAAUCGAAUAAACGAGUCCGGUUGUCUGGGCCGACAGCUGGUGUACAUCCUCAGCAAAAUAACCAAAUGGCUCAGGAGUUUCAUCAACACCAACAGAAUCAAAUGAUCUUUAACGCAAACAACCAACAGCAGCAAGCUCAACAGGCCCAACAGCAACAGCAGCAGCAGCAGCAACAACAACAACAGGUUCAACAGCAACAACAAUCGUUUCAGCAAAGAUUUUAGGCUAAUUGAUACGAAUUAUACUAUACAGCUGGUGAACACAUUAUUCGAAUAUAAGUUCCCUUAUUUGAGAAAAUAAAUCGAUCUCAACAUUUUUUUGGUAUA